AUUUCUCAUAGAUUUAUCGUGUAAGGCUGGCAUAAAAGGGUUGAACUUAAAAGAUUAUCAUUCUGACAGAGUAAGAAGCUUUCAAGUCUAUCAGAAGCGACCCUCUAGUACUCACUUCUCUGGUAACACGUAUAUAUAUUGCUUCAAUUCUUGGAAUGCUCCUCUGUAACUAAAUUUGUAUAAGGAAGCACAGGUGGUGGGGAAAAGGAAAAUUCGUCAUUUACAGAACAAGUCGGUAGGCCUGAUAGAGAAUGUCUUUAUUUAAAGCUCGGGAGUGGUGGUCUACAAUAGUUGGCAAUAAAGAAGAAUUUGAUCAAGGAUGUUUAUGUGUUGCAAAUAUUGACAAUAGCAGUAGUGCACAAGAUAAAAUUAUUGUGGGCAGUUAUAUGGGAUUUCUUAGAAUCUAUCAUCCCCAUCCUAUAAAACCUGGACAUGUUAUGCAAGCUGAAGAUAUGCUCUUGGAAGUACAGUUAUGUGAGCCAAUAUUACAAGUGGAAGUAGGAAAAUUUGUUUCUGGCACAGAAUUGCUUCAUCUGGCUGUAUUGCAUUGCAAAAAAUUAUGUGUCUACGCUGUCUCAGGUAGCUUAGGAAAUACAGAAUAUGGCAACCAAUACCAGCUAAAAUGUAUGUAUGAACACAGUCUUUAUCGAACUGCAUAUAACAUGACAUAUGGACCAUUUGGAGGUAUAAAAGAUGACAUUCUCAUCUUCACUGAGACACUAGAAGAGCACAUCAAGCUGGUAUGCCAGGUGCUCAAAAAACUCCUAGUGGUGAAACUGUAUAUCAAAUUGUGUAACUGGCUGCAUCAGGGAGAGCAGGAGAUAGGGGCCUUUAAGCAAGAUAAUCUAGGAGUGGUGACCAAGUUCUACCAGCAUAUUCUAGCUUUAGUAUUUGCUAUUGAUGAGAUCAAUUAUAAUCCCAAGAUUUUACCCAAUGCUACUCUCGGAUUCCACGUCUUUGACAGUUACUCUGAUUCAAAGAUGACUUACCGCACCGUUUUGGACCUGCUCUUCACUUCCCAAGUGUUCGUGCCAAACUACAAAUGUGGCAGUCAGAAAAACGCAAUAGGAAUAAUUGGGGGAUUUGGUUCCGAUACAACCUCACGCAUGGCAGAUAUCUUGCACCUUUAUAAGAUUCCACAGCUUCAUUCAUUUCUUCAGAGGAUUUCAUUCAACAACAGUGCUGGAGAUGAAAUCACAUUUAAUGACCAUGGAGAAUUGGCAGGUGGAUUUGAUAUUACAAACUUGGCCACUUUUUCUAAUAAUUCCUAUAUCAAGGUCCAGGUUGGAAGGUUGGAUCCUCACAAAGGAUUUACUAUUGAUGAAGACAAAAUUGAAUGGGAGAGAGAUUUCACCCAGGUGGGAAAAUAA